AUUAUAUACAAUAUAUAAAAUACGUGCGGUCCAGAUUCAAAAUAAACCACCACGGAUGUCUCGUCUAUGUCAUGAUUAGUUGAAGUUUGUUAGUAUCCUUACUUUUUUUUUGUGGGGGCUUUGUUUUGCACAAAGCACAUAACUCCAUUAGUCAAAAAAGCAGAGUUAGUGGCCAUUUUUCUUCUGACCUUCCUCCAUCUUUCCUUUCGGUUCUCCAAAUUUCCGUGAACUCCCACCUGAAAUCUUGCCACCUGUUUAUUUUCCAUUUUUCCUUUUUGUCUUUUUAUUUUCUCCCUUUCAAAACUUGCCAAAAAUCAAGGUUGGAUAAUAAAAUUCAAAAUCCAGAAGCUUAUCAUUACCAUGUAAAGAAAAUUUGGGGGAGGUGUAACGUUUCCAAGUAAUCUGAGACUAAUUACCAUUCCAUUCACAUAAAGUCAAAGACUAGACCUUUUAAUUUUUGAAAAUUAAUUUACGACUGAUGAUGUUGGUUUUGAGGUUGUGUGCAGAGAAAGAGUGAUCACAGUUCACAGUUCACAGUUUGGGCUAUGGGUUCGGACAACAAUUAUAUGGCUAAAGUAAUGAGUGGCGAUUUUGGUUACACGCUGGAAGAUGUGCCUCACUUGUCUGACUACAUUCCUCAUCUCCCUACUUAUCCUAAUCCCUUGCAAGACAAUCCUGCAUACUCAGCUGUAAGGCAGUAUUUUGUCGACUUGGACGACACCAUUGUUGUUCACAAGGAUACUCCAAGAGGAACUCAUUUUCGGCGUGCUGGUCCUCGCCAAAGAGUUUAUUUCGAGUCUGAUGACGUGCACGCGUGUAUAGUCACAUGCGGAGGAUUGUGCCCCGGCCUCAACACAGUUAUCAGGGAGAUUGUAUGCGGUUUGAAUCAUAUGUACGGCGUGAAGAGAGUCGUGGGGAUAAAUGGUGGGUAUGGAGGGUUUUACUCAAGGAACACAAUAGCUCUAACCCCAAACACAGUGAACGAUAUCCAUAAACGAGGUGGGACCAUUCUAGGGACAUCACGAGGUGGCCACAACACUAAAAAGAUUGUCGAUAGCAUUCAGGACCGUAGGAUCAACCAGGUAUACAUAAUAGGCGGAGAUGGAACUCAGAAAGGAGCUGCAGUAAUUUUUGAGGAAAUUAGAAGACGAGGCCUCAAAGUUGCGGUUGCUGGAAUUCCAAAAACCAUAGAUAACGACAUUCCGGUGAUCGACAAGUCAUUUGGGUUUGACUCUGCUGUUGAAGAGGCUGAGCGUGCAAUUAAUGCAGCACAUGUCGAAGCUACAAGUAUCGAGAAUGGAAUUGGUGUUGUGAAGCUAAUGGGAAGAUACAGUGGAUUUAUUGCUAUGUAUGCUACAAUUGCGAGCCGUGAUGUAGAUUGCUGCCUUAUUCCUGAGUCUCCUUUCCAUUUGGUGGGGCUUUUCGAGUACAUAGAGAAAAGACUUAAAGAAAACGGGCAUAUGGUUAUUGUCUUAGCCGAGGGUGCGGGACAUGACUUAAUGCUUUCUGAGAGUUUACUAUCCGAAAAUCAACAGCAAGAUGUCGGUCUCUGGAUCUCUCAAAAGAUUAAGGAUCAUUUUUCCAAGCCAAGGAAGAUGAGUAUUAAUCUCAAGUACAUCGAUCCAACUUACAUGAUUCGGGCUAUACCAAGCAAUGCAUCGGACAAUGUUUAUUGCACGCUUCUGGCCCAAAGUGCGGUUCAUGGAGCCAUGGCGGGGUAUACGGGCUUCACGGUGGGGCCCGUUAAUGGAAGACAUGUUUAUAUACCUUUCCAUAAAAUUAAUGAGAAACAGAAGAAGGUGGUGAUCACGGACAGAAUGUGGGCACGGUUACUAUCUUCGACUAACCAGCCGAGCUUCUUGUGAACCGAACUAGAUGUUAUCGAUGCAGCCGAGCCAUUCUCAAAAAAUGGUUUCAAAGAGAAUCGAAUCACAAAUUAAGAUUAUAUAUUGAAAUAAAAUUAUGGCCAUGUCCUGUGUAUAUAUAUAUAUAUAUAUACA